CCCAUCUAACUCGCCCAGCCCAACCAGACCUAGCUCGGGACAUUUCGUCCAGGAACCAAGAAUUCAAUAUAACAACUACGCAACAUAAGCCGUCCAGAUGGUCCGCGUCAAAAACCGCUACCUCCUCGUCGAAAUUCUCUACCCCGACCCAUCCUCCAGCCCGCCCUUGUCCUCAGCCACUUCACUCAAAAAUUAUGGCCAACGAUCGCAACUACGAUUUCACGCGCCCACAUCCGACGCCCUAACUCCAAGUCUUCUCGCUAAAAUGGUUCGCGACGAAGUCGCCAAGAUGUUCGGCGACUGGGGAAUUGGUCGACUAGGUGGUGUUGGUGCGGGUGGUGUUAGCGUGAAAUACCUCUCCCCAGCAACCUCAACAGCCAUAAUCCGGUGUCCGCGCGCAUCCUACCGUCUUGUUUGGACGGCUCUCACGUAUAUUUCUCACGUACCGGACCUUAGCGGUACCAACGGCGCAAAAUCUAAGCGACUGGACCUCGCAAACUUGAGCAGGCCGUGUGUGUUCCGGGUGGUUAGGGUGUCUGGAACAAUCAAGAAAGCGGAGGAGGAGGCUGUGAGGAGAGCGAGGAGAGAGAUUGUGAGGCUUAGGGGGAAAGAGGAGCUGGGUGUUCUAGACGGCUUGGUUGGGGAGCUUGAGAGGGAUAUUGAAAGAGGAAAGGGGAGGGAGAAAAAGGUUGUUGAAGACGUCGAUGAUAUGGAGUUGGAUGUGAAUAGUGAUGUCGAAUGA